AAGACGGCGUUGCACCUGGCAGCUGAGCAAGGGAACGAGAUGGCCGUGCAGCUGUGGGUGGACAGAGGAGUGAGCACUGAGGCGAGGGACAACAACGGGUGGACGCCGCUGCACUUGGCGACUUGGGAACGCAACGAAGCAUCGGUGCGACUACUGGUGGACAGCGGAGCAGACACCAAGGCUAAGGGCAACAAUGGGUGGACGGUGCUGCACUCAGCAGAUCGAAGAGGGAAUGAGUCAGUGUCAAGGCUGCUUAAAGAAAAACUCAAACUAUAG